UAUAGAGUGCAUUUAGAAAGAGCAAACCAAGCCCCUGAUUCCGGGUUUCCAAACUUCGGUCUUUCCUAUUUUUUUUUCUGGUGAUUUUUGUGGUGUGUUCACCGCUGAGAAUGCUGCUUGUGAUCUGCCUGGUGCUGGGCAUCAUCGUAUCGGCCAACGUCUCGGGACAGCCCCAUGCACGGGCCAGCGAUCUCUACUACACGGACAUCACACCGGUGACGGAUGACACGCGGUACACCGCCCUCAAUCCGGAUGUGAAGCUCCAGGAGAUGAACAAGGUGAAGCACUCUAAGGGCAACGUUGUCUUCUCCUCCGGGGAGCGAACACCGGGCGACCGGCUGAUUGUUAACCAUUACGACGACGAGAGCUUCGCGAGCGCCAAUGACAUCGAGGUGAUGAUGAGCUACCCGGCGGGAGCCAGCACCGGUGUCACGCUCACCUGUAUCGAGGUGUAUGUGGACAUGACGGCAGAGGAUGCCGGUGGUUACCUGACCAAGGGGGGAAUUGGUCAGACCAAUGCCGAGAUCCUGCUUACCUCCAACCUGACGCGCAGCUUUGUCUACGAGACGUUCAUCUAUGGAUACUAGCCACCCAGCUUUCUGCUCUUUGAUCUUCUCCUAGAACUCUUUCAGCAACAAAUAAAGUUUCGCUUGGAACCCAA